CAUCACAUCAAACGUCAAUUUUGUUGUUUUUGGUUGCUUGUCUUGCAAAACAACUUCUUUUUUUAUUUAUUUACAAAUAUAUAAGCAAUAUUGUUCACACUAAAGCAACAAAAAACAUAACCAAACCUUAUUCAAAAGUAACCAUGACCUUAGACUUUCAAAAAAUUUGCCGCUUAUGUAUGGAAUCCGAUGUGGACACUUUCGAUAUUUUCACCUCAUAUUGUCCCAAAAGGAACAUAAUGUAUUCACAAAUGCUUUGCAGCUGCAUAACUCAUAAGCCUUCCAUAGAGGAUGGUUUACCAAGACUUAUUUGUAAAGAAUGUGCCAAAAAUCUGAAACGAGCACACUCCUUCAUAGUUCAAUGUGAAGAAAAUGACUCAAAGCUAAGAAACUACCUGGCAAGUAUAAAAACUGAAGACUUGGACAUAGUUGGGAAUUUAGAAGAAAAUAGAGACUCAGACUCUAAAUGUGUAUCCCCUGUUCACAAUAAUGAUACAGAGGAAAAUGAUGUCAAAGAAGAAAUAACAGAAGAUAAGAAAAAAGGUGCAUUGGAUGAAGAUAUUAAAUUAGAAGAAAGUAAGGAUGAUGAAGAAGUACAAAAUGAUGCUGAUGAUGAUGACCAUGCUAUGGACCAAGAAGACAGCUGCUGGGAGAGUGAGGACGACAAUGUGUUGCUUGUUGUGAAGAAAGAGAGAAGCCAGCCUGAGGAUGAAGGGACCAAGAUUAGGCCACUAAAAGAGAAAAAGUCACGUAAAAAUAAAGGGCUGAGCAAGAUGCCUCACCAGUGCGAAGAGUGCGGCAAGUUCCUCAGCAACCGGAGCAACCUGAAGGCACACAAGAUCUCCCACACAGAUUUAAGACCGCACAAGUGUGUGGACUGCCCCGCCUCCUUCAGAAGCUACAGCGGCCUGUUCCAGCACCGCAAGUGCCACACUGGGGAGACUCCUUACUGCUGCGACUACUGCCCCAAGCGCUUCCGCCGCCGCACCGGGCUCGUCAACCACGUGCGCAUACACACUGGCGACAGACAGUUCAGCUGCACGAUCUGCUUCAAGAGCUUCAUCCAGAACGGGCAGCUGUCCACGCACAUGAAGCGGCACAAGGGGGAGAAGACCUUCCUGUGUCAGGAUUGCGGGAAAGAUUCCCCCCCAGGCUUCCCUAUCCAGUCGGACCUGAAGAUCCACCAACGCAUCCACAGCGGCGAGAAGCCGUACCGGUGCCGCCUCUGCCCCAAGACCUUCGCCACCUCCGGCAACCUCAGCACCCACGUGCGGAUACACAAUAACGAGAUACGAUUCCACUGCCCGCACUGCCCCAAAGGAUUCGUCACGUCGAGCGCUUUCAACGUCCACGUCAAACGACACAAAGGCAUCAAGGAGUACCCCUGCGAAUGUGGGAAAAAGUUCUACACAUCCUCAGGACUAAAGCAGCAUAAAGUGGUCCACACCGGCGAAAAGAAGUAUCAGUGUAAAGUGUGCGAUAAAAAAUUCUCGCAAUCAGGACAUUUGACAAGGCAUUUCAAGAAAGACCACGUGAGGUCAGAUGUGCCCUUGCCACCUCCAGAACAGUAUAGAAGAGUGGUCACGGAAAAAGUUUCCGAAACAGAAGAGUACUCUUUGUUAAAGAUGGCGCCUGAACUAAACGUCAAAUGUGAAUAGCGCCAUUUUGAAAUCAAACAGUUUUGCAUAAUGGUUGUGAUUUAUAAUUUGGCAGCCGAUUUUUUGUGUAUUUUUUACAUGUUUUUAACGUCACAAUCGAGAAAUUGAUGUAUUUAUUUAGUACCUAAGUUUAAGUUACCAUUUUUGUAAAUGAUCAAAACGUACAAGAAUCUACAUUGUAUUUUAAUUAAAGUAAGCCUGCAUUAUUUAUUAAAUUUAAUAUAGAAAUAUUCA